AUGACCGCCCAACCGAUCACACCACCCACGCUCCAUACAAGCCCCGCGAAACCCCCAAUGUCUUCCACAAUCACCCCAAUCAGCUCCCCUCAAGACAACAUCGACGGCCCUCUCUUCCCCUCCAGCCUGAUCAGCCCCGAAAUAAUCGCCGUCCUCCCAACAGACUACACAAUCCGCCCGCUCCGCCGCUCAGACUACCACAGGGGCUACCUGGACGUGCUCCGUGUCCUGACAACCGUCGGUGACAUCAGCGCCGAGCAGUGGGACGCGCGGUUCGACUGGAUCUGCUCCCGCAAUGACGAGUAUUACCUGCUUGUUGUGUGUGAUGGCGAUGAUCGGGUCGUUGGUACGGGGAGCUUGAUUGUCGAGCGCAAGUUUAUCCAUGAGCUCGGUCUUGUGGGCCAUAUUGAGGAUAUUGCUGUUGAGAAGGGACAGCAGGGGAAGAAGUUGGGAUUGAGGAUUAUUCAGGCGUUGGAUUAUGUUGCUGCCAAGGUUGGGUGUUAUAAGAGUAUCCUCGACUGCUCCGAGGUCAACGAGGGCUUCUACGUCAAGUGCGGCUUCAAGCGCGCCGGCCUGGAAAUGGCUCAUUACUACUGA